AUGGCCUAUUUCGCCAGCACAAGAAGAGGGGAAAUUGCUGAGCUUCAAGAAGAAUUGAACUCCAACAAGCCUGACAGGAAAAAAGAAGCAGUUAAAAAAGUGAUCGCCGCAAUGACCGUUGGCAAAGAUGUAUCAUCUCUAUUUCCUCAUGUUAUAAAAUCCAUGGAAACUACGAACAUCGACCUAAAGAAGCUAGUUUAUCUCUACAUUAUCAACUAUGCAAAAACUCAGCCAGAUCUUGCAAUUCUCGCAGUAAAUUCCUUCAGAAAAGACGCAAGAAAUCCAAGCAACCCUUUAAUCCGAGCCCUUGCAGUCAGAACUAUGGGCUGUAUUCGAGUUGAAAAAAUCACUGAAUAUCUGUGUGAGCCUCUUAAAGAUGCUUUAGGUGACGACGACCCUUAUGUCAGAAAAACAGCUGCCAUAUGUGUCGCUAAACUCUAUGACAUUUCCCCUUAUCUCGUAGAAGAUGAUUUUCUUCAAAUUCUUGACGGUCUGCUUAGUGAUGGAAACGCUAUGGUCGUCGCUAACACUGUUGCUGCUUUAUUAGAAAUCACUGAUAUGAAAGGGAAGCCAGCAAUACGGCUAAACUCUAAUUCAAUAAGCAGAAUUCUUGCAGCACUUCCAGAAUGCACAGAAUGGGGGCAGGUUUCAAUUUUAGAUUAUUUGGUGACCUAUACACCUAUAGAUAUCCCAGAAGCUGAAAGUAUCAUUGAAAGAGUCGUCCCAAGGCUUGCCCAUUCCAAUGCUGCAGUUGUAAUUUCUACUGUAAAAGUCCUAAUGAAAUAUAUGGAUUUCGUCACAAAUUCUGAACUUAUCAGAAGCCUUUGCAGAAAACUUGGGCCUAUUUUGGUUUCACUUUUAGGAGCAGAAAACGAGAUGCAGUAUGUCGCCCUUAAAUGUAUAAAUUUAGUAGUCCAGAAACGUGGGAAUAUUUUGGAUAGAGACAUAAGAGUGUUUUUCUGCAAGUAUAAUGACCCUAUAUAUGUGAAGCUAGAAAAGCUUGAAAUUAUGGUGCAACUAUCAGAUUUAAAAAAUAUAGAUCAGGUGCUAUAUGAGCUGAAAGAGUACGCAACUGAAGUUGACGUAGAAUUUGUGAGGAAAAGCGUCAGAGCUAUAGGAAGAUGUGCGAUAAAGCUUGAAAGAGCUGUAGACCGCUGCAUUUCGUGUCUGCUUGAUUUAAUCAGCCUGAAAGUAAACUUUGUGGUCCAAGAAGCUGUCAUUGUGAUUAGAGACAUUUUUAGAAAAUACCCAAAUCGAUAUGAAAUGAUCAUUAAAAAUUUAUUUGAAAAUUUAGAAAAUCUGGAUGACCCUGAAGCAAAAGCGUCAAUGAUAUGGAUUUUAGGGGAAUAUUCAGACAGAAUUGAUGACGCCACAGCUCAAAUUGCCCAUUUCAUUGAAACGUAUAUGGACGAACCUCCACAAGUCCAGCUGCAGCUUCUGACUGCGACUGUAAAACUUUUCCUUAAAAAACCUGACGAAAGUGAAGGUCUUAUAACUGACUUGCUAAAGCAAUCAACUGAAUCUGCCUCAAACCCUGACUUAAGAGACAGGGCUUAUAUCUAUUGGAGACUGUUGUCCUCAGACCCUGAAGCUGCUAAAGAUAUCAUUUUUGGGGAAAAGCCUACCAUAUCUGACGAUACUUUGGCUUUGGACGCGACUUUACUUGACAGACUUAUAGAAGACCUAGGAAGACUGUCUACUAUUUACAGAAAACCUGCAGAAGCAAUCACAAAUAAGAAAAGGGAAAGGCAAAUUGAGAAGCAGGAAUAUGAAGAAGAAGUCCUUGAAUAUGACUCUUCAGGACAAAGAAUAGGAGAAGCUGUAGCAACUUAUAGUGGCGACUUAUUAGGAAUUGAUGCUGAGCCUAGCAAAAGAUUUGCGAGAAUUCCGCUGCAGAAUGUACUUAAUGCCCAGACACCAGGGGUGAAUGGGAAUAUGGGGCUUUCUAUUGAUAUGGCAUUUCAGAGGAUCAAUGGGGAAAUCCUGCUUGAUUGUAGGUUUACGAAUUCUUCACAAGCACUUUUGAGUGACUGGGCAAUGCAAUUUAAUGUAAACCACUUUGGGUUGGCGAUGGGAGAAGCAUUAGCGUUGCCAGAUCUGCAUCCUGGAGCCUCAAAAAAUACCAAGAUUUCUAUCGUGACAACGGGCAAGCCUGACUCAAACCCUCCAGGUGUUCCAAUUAUAAUCCAAAUUACAUUUAUAUAAAAUGGCUGGUGACAAGUGAUCCGUCCUCCUGUAGCGGGGUGCCCUUAUGUAUAUCUGGACAUGGUUUUUGGUGCAUAGAGCUAUCCAAGAGCUGGCUUAGCUUUAAUCGAGAGGUCCAGCUCUAUUUCCGCAGAUUAGUGGUCUGAUUCGAGUGCCAGUUUUUUGCCAGCAGCCCAGGUCCAGAAUGGAUGUUCGAUGAAGGUAGGGUGACUUACCUACCUAAGCUGCUUCUUUUUUGUAAUGAAAGAUUUAAAAUAUCAUAAAUGUUUUGGAUUAGAAAUUAUUGAAUGAAGUAAUGAAAGAAUUAUUGAAUAUGUAUCGAUUAUUAUUGAUUAUUUAAAAUUAUUAUUGAAUGACAGAAAUUAUGAAAAUAUUAACUCCCCCCCCCCCCCUCCGUGAGCGAACAAAAAAAUUUUGUUCGCUCACGGAGGGGGGUUAUUUUUUUUUUUUUAAAAAAAAUUUAUAUAUAAAUUUUAUAAAAAAAUAUUUUUUUCGAAAUUUAAAAAAAUCCUAAUUUGCAAAAAUUGGGAAGCAAAUAUUAAUUUAAUUUGCAAAAUUUAUGUUUUAAAACGCAAUUUGUUUAAAAUUAAACAGAAUUAGCUCUAGAUUUUCAUUAUACUAAUUAUCACUUAUAUAUCAAAAUUUUUUUUCCAUUAAAAUUUUUUCUAUUAAAAAAAUUUUUGUUCGCUCACGGAGGGUGGGUUUUUGGUCAAAAAAUGGCGAUUUUUCUAAUGGUUUUGUUCGCUCACGGAGGGGGGGGGGGAGUAAGAGUAUUAUUAUUUUUGCAAAAUAAAGAGAGGAGUAAGGCUUUUAACUAAUUAAAAUUAAGCUGCUUCUUCAUCUAUUGCCCAGCAAAGUCCGUAUGGCCUGGAUCAAAAGUAUUGCGUACUACCGAGAAAUUGAGGGUUUCUGUCCGGUUCUAAGGAAUUUAGACUGCAACCCUAUGGAGAGCGCAUGGUGCUAAUAGAAGUGAGGACUUAAAAUGCACUAUCCUAAUCUAAUUAAUAAUCCAAAUUGCCAUAAAAUGCUCAUUAGAUAUCUAUUAUUUCCAAAUCCCUUGCAUGUAUACAGUCCUACUCAGCGAGAGCGGGCUUUUAUCAAAAGAAGAAUUCAAGCAAACAUGGACCGGAGUGUCAGAUCCUUCUGAAUUUACUCAUACCUUGCAAGCCAUUGAUCCUUCAUAUUCAACCUAUCAACUGAUUCAAGACAGACUUGAAGCAAAUCACAUCUUUUUCGUCGCUGGAAAAUCUACCGAAACUGGUCAAGUAUCAUACUUUUCUACCAAAAAUUCCAAAGACCAGGUCGUUCUUUGUGAAAUCCGAGUCUCAAACCCAGUUUCUGCUGUACAAGUGACAUGUAAGACUCCUCACCCAGCUCUGGCUCCUCUUUUUAUCCAAGGUAUUAAUUUCUUAUUAUCAACGGCAUCAUAA